AUGGUUAAAGUUACAGUUGCUGGAGCUGCCGGUGGUAUCGGCCAGCCAUUAUCGUUAUUGUUGAAAUUAAACACCAACGUCACUCAGUUGGCACUAUUUGACAUUGUCAAUGCCAAAGGUGUGGCUGCUGAUUUGUCGCAUAUCAAUACUCCUGCUGUUGUUACCGGAUACCAGCCACAGGAUAAGCAAGACAGGACGGCUUUGAUUGAGGCAUUAAAGGGCACUGAUGUGGUUGUCAUUCCAGCUGGGGUCCCACGUAAGCCAGGCAUGACCAGAGCCGACUUGUUCAACAUCAACGCCUCCAUCAUCAGGGACUUGGUUGCCGAAGUUGGGAGAACGGCUCCAAAUGCAGCCAUCUUGAUCAUUUCCAACCCUGUCAACUCAACAGUCCCAAUUGCAGCUCAAGUCUUGAAGAAAUUGGGUGUUUUCAACCCAAAGAAGUUGUUUGGUGUCACCACUUUGGACAGUGUCAGAGCAGAAACAUUUUUGGGAGGAUUGACCAAUACCAAUCCCAAACAGUUGAAGGGCAAAAUUUCGGUGAUUGGGGGCCACUCGGGGGACACCAUUGUGCCAUUGAUCAAUUUCGACCAAAGCGUGGGAAUACUCAAUGACGCCGACUAUAAAGGAUUCGUCCAUCGUGUCCAAUUUGGAGGAGACGAGGUUGUUAAGGCCAAGAACGGUGCUGGCUCGGCGACUUUGUCUAUGGCUUAUGCUGGCUAUAGGUUUGCUGAGUAUUUGAUAGACACGUUGAGCGGAGGCCCUAAUAACUACAAGGUGCCAGACUCGGCUUACGUAUACUUGCCUGGAAUUGCCGGAGGUGAAGAGCUUUCCAAAAAGUAUUUGAAUGGCGUCGACUUUUUCUCGGUUCCCGUGGUGUUGAGCCAAGGCGAGAUCAGCUCCUUUGUCAAUCCAUUUGAAAAAUUAACCGUCACUGACGAGGAGAAGAAGUUGAUCGAUGUAGCAUUGAAAGGCUUGAAAGGAUCCAUUGAGCAAGGUGUUGAGUUUGUCAACGCAUCAAAGUUGUAA